AUGCUUUUUGCCCUCCUACACACUCAGGGCAAUCCAUCUCUCCCAACUUUUCAUUACGAGAAGUCUCUUCCGAGACUACCACUACCACCGUUACGACAAACACUAGACAAGUAUCUACAGUCCUUGGAGCCAUUCUUCCUGCAUGAAGAACAACUAGGUGGUGAACUUGCAUCAGAGUCACGAUUACGUCGGCAAGCCUGGGCACAAACAUUCGAAACUGGGGUUGGGGCACAAUGCCAACAGCGUUUACAAAAGCUGGAGGAAAGUUCGCCGUACAAUUGGUUCGACGAUAAUUUUUGGUUGCGGAAGGCGUAUUUGGAAAACCGUCAGCCUUUGCUCAUAAAUUCAAACUGGUGGCUGGCUCUGCAGGACGAUCCUUUUGCCCCAGAAUUUGUCAGAAC